UUCACGCUGAGGUUUAAGGAGAGGCAGGAUGGGUGACGACAGGCCCUUCGUGUGCGGCGCCCCGGGCUGCGGACAGAGGUUCACAAACGAGGACCACCUGGCGGUUCAUAAACACAAGCACGAGAUGACAUUGAAAUUCGGCCCCGCUCGCACCGACUCCGUCAUCAUCGCAGAUCAGACCCCGACCCCGACGCGGUUCCUGAAGAACUGUGAGGAGGUGGGACUCUUCAACGAGCUGGCCAGCUCCUUCGAGCACGAGUUCAAGAAAGCUGCUGAGGAUGAUGAGAAAAAGAGCUCGGGGGCCCUGGACAUGUCGCUGCCCUCCACCCCGGAGAUCAAGGUCAAGGAGGAGGAGCCGGUGGAGGUGGACUCGUCCCCGCCGGACAGCCCCGCGUCCCGGCCCCGCUCGCCCCCGCACAAGGACAAGGAGGGCCCCUCCAAGCCCGUGAUCCUCUCCACGCCCACGCCCACCAUCGUGCGGCCGGGCUCGCUGCCGCUGCACCUGGGCUACGACCCCCUGCACCCCACGCUGCCGUCCCCCACCUCCGUCAUCACCCAGGCCCCCCCCUCCAACAGACAGCUGGGGUCUCCCAGCGGCUCGCUCCCGCUCGUCGUGCAGCUCGCCAACGGCCAGACCAUGCCCGUGCUGCCCGGCCCCCCCGUGCAGAUGCCUUCUGUCAUUUCGCUGGCCCGGCCCGUGGCCAUGGUGCCCAACAUCCCCGGCAUCCCCGGGCCCCCCAUCAACAGCAGCGGGUCCCUCUCGCCCUCAGGACUCCCGGUGCACUCCGAAGCCAAAAUGAGGCUGAAGGCCAGCCUGGCAGCGUCGUCCUCGCUGAACGGCAGCAGCCUGGUGGUGGGCUCGGCCAGCACCAUGGUGACCGCGCGGCCGGAGCAGAGCCAGGUCCUGGGCCAGCACCCCGACGCCCCCUCCCCAGCCCAGCCACAGGUGUCCCCUGCCCAGCCCACGCCCAGCACGGGCGGGCGGCGGCGGCGGGCGGCGGACGAGGACCCGGACGAGCGGCGGCAGCGCUUCCUGGAGCGGAACCGCGCGGCCGCCUCGCGCUGCCGGCAGAAGCGCAAGCUCUGGGUGUCCUCCCUGGAGAAGAAAGCCGAGGAGCUCACCAGCCAGAACAUCCAGCUGAGCGUGAAACGAGGUGACGCUGCUCAGGAACGAGGUGGCUCAGCUGAAGCAGCUGCUGCUGGCCCACAAGGACUGUCCUGUCACCGCCCUGCAGAAGAAGACCCAGGGAUACCUGGAGAGCCCCAAGGAGAGCUCGGAGCCCUCGGGCUCGCCCGCGCCCGUCAUCCAGCACAGCUCGGGCCCGGCCGCGCCCAACGGGCUCCGCUCGGCCGCCGAGGCCGUGGCCAGCUCGGUGCUGGCGCAGAUGGCCGGGCAAAGGACAGAGCUGGCCGUGCCCGCGGCCCCGCACGUCAUCAUGGCCCCACAGUCGCAGUCUGCCGGCAGAUGAUGGCCCCGGGCCGGAGCGCCCGCACGGACUGAGCCGGGCCGGGACCUUCCCUUUCCCUUUCGGGGUUUUGUUCCUUUCGUUUUGUUCUGUUCCGAGGUCCCUCCUCAGCCAAGCCCCCCCUCAGGUCGCACUCGCCACUUUGGAGCCAGGUUGGUUUGUCCAGGUGAUUUUGGUUGGUUCCUCCACACUUGGAAGGUUCCCAGGGACAGCGAAACCCAAAGCCAAGGCUGAGCAGAGACUGGGAUCUCAGCACUGAUGGGAAAGUCCUGAGGUUUGGGUUUUCCCAGAGAUGGAAUCCAGCUUCUUCCCUCCCUGUUGUGCAGCUCUUCCUCAGCUGGGAUCAGGGUCGGGGUCGGGGUCGGGGUCGGGUGGGUUUGUGCUGCUGCUCCCGCACUCCCCUUUGUCCUCUUGCUCAUCCCAGCUCCUCUCCGUGCUCCAGCCUCGGGAAUCUCUUGUUGGGUCCCACACAUCCCCCAGACCCCUUUUCCCCCUUAGAGCUGUUCCUACAGCCCAGCCCGGGGCUCCCAGCUGUUUCCAGCACUCCGUGUCCCCACGGGAUGUUUCUGUGCACGGCUGGGGCGCAGGGAGGGCUCGGAGCUGUUUUGGGGGGCCCUCGGGGGGCUCCUCCCGUGCUGUGGGGGAGCCGAGGGGUCCGUCCGGGGAGGAGGAGUUGAGCCCUGGGGGCCUCGCGGGCAGAACCAGGGAUGAACCGAGGCUGGAGAAUCCAGGAUAGCGUUUGGCUGGAAGGCAGCAGCUUCUGCAGCCCCUCGUUUUGCUCGGGGCACUAAGAGAGGCUGCGUUUUCUGAUUCCUGCCUCUCUGCUCUUCCCGGGAAUCCUCGUGGCCCCCUCGGGAUGGGGGUGCAGGAGCAGCUUCCUCCCCAUCCCCCGAAGCUCCCCAUUCCCACAUCCCACAUCACCAGUGCCUUGAAAAUUGUGCAAAUCGCGGAAGAGGAAAGCUCCAGAGGUGGUCAGGGGUGAGCAGGGAACGAGCAGGAUCCGGGUUCGGCUGUACCUGGCUCUGCUGUUGCUUCACUCGCAGGGCUGGAGCUUCCCGUGCCCAUUCCCCGUGUGUUUCGCCCCAAAAGCAGCCGCUCCUCACUUUGUGACCAGUUUCGGGCAAAGCCCUGCCCUGAUUCUGCUCCGUGGUGAUUCCUCCCGCUCUGCCGGGGGUGGCAGCCCCGGCCCCGCUCGGCAGCGCCGGGCGCCUGCACUUUGCUCUGCCAGCCCCGGUUCCGGGAGUCCCGGGGGCCGAGCCUUCCUCCUGCCCCCCUGUCCCCUCCUGUCUCCUCCUGUCCCCCCUGUCCCCUCCUGUCCCCCCUGUCCCUUCCUGUCCCCUCCCUGCCGGGACCCGCCGCCCGGGGGACACCGGGGGCUCCUGGCGGCUCCGUUGGGGGAUCCCGGGGAGCGGGAUCUGCUCGGGGAUUUGGGGUUUGUGGAUUUUAGCGGAAUCCUUGAAUAGGAACGAAUGGCUGCAGACCAGGCCCCGGGAACCCCACGGGGGGAGCUGCUGCUCCCUCCCUCCUCUUCCUCCCUUUUCAGCCUCCAAAUCGCCCGGAUCGGUGCGGUGGGAAGGGUUGGUGCCCGUUUCCCCACCCCCCCGGGGGUGUUUUGUCCGAGAUUCUUGGCUCAGGUGGGAAUUGUGUCAUUUUGGGGGCUCCUGGACCCGUUCCUGCUCUGUUUACCCCAGUCCCGCCCCAAAACGAGCCCGGGAGGUGCCGAAGGGACACGGGAGGAGGGUCCUGGGCGUGCCCCCCACCCCGCAGCUGCUUUGUGCCACGAGCUUUGACGAUCAAUAAUGGAAGAAGCCAAAAAAGGACCCCCGAGUACCUGUGUAGUAUCUUAUCAGUCCAUAUCGACGCCUAUACGCACCCAUGUAUCGUAGAUCGGCCGCCGCGGGUCUGACCCGACCCCCGCAGCCCCCCAGGGACCCCCGCCCCGCCCGAGCUCCUGUGAGCGGGUCCUCACAGCCCCCGCGGGGGCCCGGGGCCGGGGGGGACCCGGGGGACACGUCCCAGCCUCCCCCAGCCCUCGGCCGUGUCAUACCAAACAUGUAACGUGCCUUUUAUUUAUGCUGCAAAUAUAACAUUAAAAUAUUACCCAGGA